AUGUCGAACUUUAUGCACAAAGUCAAGGAAGCCGUGACCGAUCAUGACAAGGAUACAGCCCGCGGAUUCCAGGCUGGCCGGGACAACCAGGGAACUUCCAAUGUCCCAGGCACAGAGCAUGGUAUGAACCAGAACAGAUCGUCUGCCGUGGGCUCUAACAACCCUUACGGCUCUGGUUCUGCCUAUCGUGACUCCAAGUUCAACGACAACCAAAGCUCAGCUAAUCCAGCCACUACUGGAAUGGGCAACCAGGGCCGUUCCGGCGAUUACGAACAGAGAGCAAUGGGCGGAAAUCGUUCCAACGUUAACGCUGGUCCGCACGAUUCGAAGCUGGCUAACAAGAUGGAUCCUCGCGUCGACAGCGAUAUGGACAACCAGAGUUCAACCAACCCAACUACUGGUGGAAUGGGCAACCAGGGCCGUUCUGGCGAUUAUGAACAGAGAGCAAUGGGCGGAAAUCGUUCCAACGUUAACGCUGGUCCACAUGAGUCUAGAAUGGCCAACAAGAUGGAUCCUCGCGUCGACAGCGAUAUGGAUAACCGUGGUACACGAGGCACCAUGAACCCCUCCGGCAACACGGGUAACAUGUCCUCAGGCACUAGCAGUGGCAUGGACAAUCGCGCCAGCACACGCGGAGGCGGCGGAGCUAUGAACCCUCCCAGCAACCUGUCGUCAGGCAUGGACAAGCACGAGAACGUCGAGGAUGACUAUAACAAAUCCACCCAGGAAAACAGGUCCCAGACCCAGCCCCAACCUGGCGAGUACGGUAACAGUCCAAUGACCAGUGAGGAAAGCCACAGCACUUCUAUGCAGGAGCACAAGUCCCACUCUGCUACUAGCCACACCAUGCCCUGCCAGACGGGCAUGCAAGGCGAGCAGGGAUACGAUAAGUUGGGCUCUGAUAACAGGGUUGACUCGGGCUUUGGUGGUAGUGCUGCUGGUGGCAGUAGUUACACCUCUGGCGCGCGAGAGGCAUCUGGUGCUCAGAAUGAUGAUCCAUUGAACAAACUUGAUCCUAGAGUCACCCGCUCGAGUGAGCAAUCUAACGUUGGUAACCAGCGGGGUGGGUAUUAG